AUGGAAAAGAAGGCGGUUCGCACCGCGCCAUCACCGUUCAUUAGAAGCAGCAAGUCAUACACGCGAAACAGCGGGGGGAGGCCGACCCCAUUUCCGACAUUCUCGAAGAGACUGCGCGCGUCGUCGCACGAGGAGGCCGGGGCGGGCCAAGUGCCUGCUUUGGACGAUAUGAGCUUCCAUGUGUUCGAAGAGCAGUAUGAAGGCGCAGAGUUCCAGGCGUGUUGGGCGCUGUUCCUGGGCUGUUGCAAGCCGUGCUCGCUGUCGCCAGCGCCUGCCGCGAUCCGCGAGCAUGUGGAAGUGGCAAACGACGACCGGGGAAGCGGUGCUGGGGUGGCCCGUGCGCUGUGUAUCAGGCCGGUCGCUUGCGGGAAAGGCCGGUGGGUAUUGUUGACGACCAGGACGCCUUCUCUGCUGUCGCCGUCGCGCUCACUUGGUUGA